CUUAAUCUUCCCAAUAUGCGUCUCAUCAACACGUCCACGUACGAGAUGAAUGAAUUUGAAGGUCGAGAUAUCCCUGAAUAUGCCAUCUUAUCCCACACAUGGGGAGAAGGAGAAGUCACUUUCACCGACUACGAUAACCUCGAAUAUGCACGAACGCGUCCAGCAUUCCACAAGGUAGAGCACUCCUGCAGGCUAGCAAACGAGCAUCGCUUAAACUGGGUCUGGAUUGAUACCUGCUGCAUCGAUAAACGUUCAAGCGCGGAGCUCAGCGAAGCAAUCAAUUCCAUGUUUGCUUGGUAUCGAAAAUCCGCGGUGUGCUUUGCCUAUCUGUCCGAUGUGCCUGCACAUGUCACCGCAGAAAAUGAUAGCGGGAACACGUUCGAAAGAAGCCGAUGGUUCACACGGGGCUGGACGCUGCAGGAGUUGCUUGCCCCUGAGAACGUUGUCUUCUAUGGCACUGCGUGGACCGAGUAUGGUACAAGACAGCAACUCAGGGGAAGGAUAUCAGCCAUCACGAACAUCAAUGAAGUCGCACUCGAAAGCCGGUCUACAUUCAAACUCUACAGUGUUGCAAGCAGGAUGUCUUGGGCUGCUCAACGACAAACAAAACGAGUGGAGGAUAGGGCAUACUGCCUCCUGGGAAUAUUCGAAGUAAACAUGCCGUUAUUGUAUGGAGAGGGAGAGAGAGCCUUCAUCAGACUACAAGAGGAAAUCUUGCGGGAAACCGACGACCAGUCCAUUUUCGCAUGGGAGUGUGAAGAAUCCGGGAGGAGGAGUUUCUUGAGUGGGCUGUUGGCUGCCUCUCCGGCUUACUUUGCAGGCUCGAACCACCUUAUGCGAGGCUGGCGUGUAAGAAACGAUAUCCCUCCCACUGUGACCAGUCGAGGAGUUCGCAUCAAAUGCCCUUUA